GUCGCGGCCUCUCCCCUCUCCGUCUCCUUGCACCGGGGUCCCCUCCGACGGAGGAAGAGCAAAGGGACAAAACCCUAGCGUUUGGCGAGGGAGGGUGGAGCCGCGGCUGCUGGUGGGUGGUUGCUACAUCGGAUAUCGCCGCCGCCGCUUGAACCUAGGCCUUUGUUCUCCUUCCCCGUGAGGUGCCGGAAUGGCUGCGAAAGGUUUCUCGGAGAAGGAGCAGAUGUUUUGGAUGGCGGAGAAGGAGAUGGAGUACAGGGUUGAUCUCUUCAAUAAACUUACACAGACCUGCUUCGACAAGUGCGUUGAGAAAAGGUAUAAAGAAACUGAGCUCAAUAUGGGUGAGAACAGUUGCAUCGAUCGAUGUGUUUCCAAGUACUGGCAGGUGUCAAACAUAGUUGGUCAGAUGCUUGGGAACCGGCCUCAGAUGUGACCUGGGAAGCACUAGUUGCAUUUUGUAGCGUAAUCUGUCGCUCUGUUUCUCCAUUUUGGUUGGUUUUAGAAUGUGGCCACCUGCUACUAAGUACUCCAAUACAGCACCGGUGGCUUCCUAAUUCAUGGACCGCUCAAAAGGAAUCCCAAUGUCUUGCACUUUCCAGGGAUGUGCCUUGUCUAUGAAUCAUGAACAGCGAACAUGCCUGUAAUAAUAAAAAGCUGCACCUGUUUGAUAGUUAAAUUAUUGUAUCGAUGCAUUUCGACUGACA